AUGACGCUCCUAGAGAAGCUUUUGGGCAGCACGCUGGUGUCGAGGCGAGGCGAGACGUCCACCGAGGAGGCGCUGGCGCACAAGACAGUGGUGGGGCUGUAUUUCACGGCCAGUACGUGCCGUCCGUGCCGAGCUUUCACGCCCGUACUGGCGACUGUCCAUCGCAACAUGACGCUGAACGCAUACAAGUCGCUGCCCAUGAAGGACCAGCUGGACGUGGUGCUGCUCUCGAUUGACCGCAGUCCCGUGGCCUUCCACGACUCGCUCCUGCAGACACCGUUCCUGGCUGUUCCGUUCCACCGGCGAGAGGUCGUGCAAGACCUGUGGAAACGCUACGAUGUGAAGACGAUCCCGACGCUCAUUUUUGUGGACGCCAAUGGCGACGUAGUCGAGCGUGAGGGCCGUUGCUUCGUUGAGGACAACUACAUGGAUCUUCGCAAGAUCUGGGACCAUAUCUCGCCAACUUUCCAGACGUCUCCGGGCCCAGAGGCCGCCAUGCCGUGA